GAGCGUGUAGUUAAGAGAGCGAAAGUGGUGGAGGUGAAACCAAAAAGCGGUGCGUUUCAACCGUUUCAAAAAGAGAAAAAACGCGUUUUGGAAACUGAUUUGCAACCUGCGGCGGUGAAAGUUGCCAGUUCUGCGCCGGCGACGACUACUAGCUCCACCACUGAAACUGGUGGUGCUAAAAGUGAUUUGGAUAAAGUUGGAGAGGAGCAGAUACAGAUGACACAGCAGCACCAAACUCAAACGCAAUCGCAAACGCAUAGAAAACAAAGACGAUGCUGGUCGCCGGAGUUACACCGACGAUUCCUGAACGCACUUCAACAGCUCGGAGGAUCUCAUGUUGCUACCCCUAAACAGAUUAGAGAUCAUAUGAAAGUCGAUGGAUUAACAAAUGACGAAGUUAAAAGCCAUUUACAGAAAUAUAGACUUCAUACUAGAAGGCCAGCAACGACAGUAGCGGCACAGAGUAAUGUUAACCCGCAACAACCACAAUUCGUGGUGGUUGGAGGAAUAUGGGUGCCGUCGCCACAAGAAUUUCAUCCACCGACAGAUGCAGCCAACAACGGUGGUGGUGUAUAUGCUCCAGUUGCUGUGGCGGCGCCAUCUCCAAAACGUUCCAUGGAGAGAAGUUGUAACUCGCCCGGAGCAUCAUCCUCUACAAAUACAGCCACAACUCCUGUGUCAUAGUACUCGACGACUAGUCAAGUAGUCCGUGGGUUUUGAUUUUGUAGGUUUAAUAAUACCAAGUGAGUGUAAAAAAAGUCUUCGUCCAUUUUGUUUUUGUAAUCAAGAAAUGUGUUUUUCGUAGGUUGAAUUUUUUGAAUAAAAUAGACGAAUGUUAUAUUAUAUA